GUGAAAUUAUCGAUAUCUUCACAUAAAAAAAUAUCGUAUUUUUACGUGUGUUCAGAUACCACAUUUCUCGGUGGUAGAAAUCCUUGUAAAACACUGCAGUUUAUAUAAUAAGUAUAUUUAUUACAUGGGUGAGUCUGUUUUCGCCACGCGAUUGGUCAAUUUGCGGUCCGUAACUUGCUAUACGGACCAAAAUUUCAAACAAAAUGCUCAUUUCGGAGCUCUAAAUCUCUUCCUACCUCGGAAAAAAUGGUUGAAAUUAAAUUACAAGACGUCUAUCAACCUUGAGGACUUAGAUUUUGACUUUGUCCUUCAACAUUUUAAAAUGUGUUUUAUUUGUGAACGAAGGCGAUGAAGAAACUAACUCGUAAUCUUAUCGAAGAGGAUUCUAGUCAGUGUUUGAAAAUGUUAUCGAAGUACACAGUUAAGAAGACGAAAAUCGACUGGCAGAGAUUCGAGAUGUUUUGCCUAAGAGAAACUGAGUAAUUCCUUCGACAAAUAUGAUAACAAACAUGCCUGCACCCGAUCAUCUUGACGAGCUUCUUUGUCAUUUACAGUGUUUUUCCAAAGAAAAAUAGACGCGACUUCCAGCCAGCACAAUGUCCAGUUUUCCAAAGACUCCAGCGUCACAUUGGCGAGUGUAUACUUACAGUGCUCUUAGUUUUGACCGAAUAUACUUAACAAUAUGUCUAUAAACCCUGAGGACUGGGAUGUUGACUUUGCUUUUCCAGAUUUUAACCUAGCUUUGUUUGAACGAGAACGAAGCUGAUGUAGAAACUGAAUCGUAACCUUUGCGUGGAAAAAAAUAUGGUCCGUGUUUGAAAAUUUUAAAGCAGAUCACGCUUGAAGACUAAUGAAUGAACUGGAAGAAAUCCGAGAGGUUUUUCCCAAAAAAUGAACGAGCGAAUCUUCGACAAUGACAACAAACUUACCUUGAAAAGCUUCUUUGCCUUUUGCAGUGUUUUUUUUAUUUUUUCACAUGGAUCAACGGAGGAAAGAUGGAAACGACUUCAAGAAAGAUACAGUGCCAACAAUUCACCGUGCCCGGUUUUCAAAAUACUCCAGCGUUACAUUAAAGAGCUAAAACUUACAGCGCUCUUAGUUUUGACCAAAUAAACUUUUUCAACAUGGCGAAUUUGUUUUCACUUUCUCGGAAACCCUUUGUUGUGUGCUAUUGUUUUCGUGAGCCAAUAAAAACUUUCUUUCUUGACGCCUGUCAAAUGAUUGUCAAAUCGCGCGUCCUGCACUUGUUUCUGGUCCCCGAAACUGGAAGAAGCCAUAUAAUAAACAUCUUAUUAGCCUUUUUUUUGCGGUCCGCACUGUAAAAUAUGGAUCCUCGUUUUUUUCCAUCGAUUUAUGGCCCAAGCGCGAAAAGAACUCGGUCCGUAAUUUACAGUACGGACCGAAAACUCGGCUAAUAAGAGGUAUAUAUUUGCCUUCAGCCGAACUUUCACAAAAGGAGACGCAUUUAUUGGUUACCACGAAGAUUGCGUGCCAGCUGUAGUUUUGCAAGUUUGUGCUGAACUUCAUGAAGACGGCUCCGACUUAUCAGAUGUAGAAAGGGACGCAUGGCAAGAGAAGGUACUUUCCCUCAUUUUAUGUCAUUGUUUUAAUUAUUUAUUUAUUCAUUUAUUUGCAUGUUUUUAUUUUCGUUUCCUCGCUACUUAAAAGAAUAAACGAGACUAUAAAAUUACCUUGAGCCUAAAGAAAAACUAUGAAAAAUGGUGAUGGUAACUCAGCUCUCACGCGAGGAUUUUGUGAGUGACAGCCACGGUAAACUCUCAGUAGUGUUGCUGGUAACCCUCUCUGAUCUCUUGAUUCCCAUAGGAUUUCCCCUAUUUUAUUGCUUAAGAUUAUCUAAAUUGCUUGUUUUCUCUCCAUUUUUUCAGAUAUUGAGGUGCUCCCAGGAACGUCUAUUACAGUGCGCGACUCCUGAUUCUGUGGCUCGUCUGAAUUCGUCUCGUCUGAAAAGAGAGGCGUCUAGUUUGUGGACUAAGUACUUUGGGGAGCAGGAACACUCAAGUUUGGCUAACUUUUUGGCGAAAACUCUGAAGGAGCUCAAAUUUCAGCUGCGUGCUCAAGUAAGAUAAUUUCAUGAGUACUCUUAUUUAUCAUAUAGUUCUUGCUAAGCUAACGAACUAAAUUUCUUACUUUUGUGAAUAAAACGCAACUUUGAGUUAAUGAAAAUAAUCCGAUAAGUAAAUCAACAAGAAUCCGUCCUUGACAGGAAACUGCUAUUAGAUGAUAGAUCAAGAGGAAAAAUAACUUUGAAAAGAAAAGCUCUGAACGAAAAACAAGCACUUGUGUUUCGCUUUGAUAUUCCAAUUAUACAUUAACGUUCGCAUCAAAAAGAGGAUGAAUGCGGAUUUUAAUAUAUUUUAACCUGAGAUAAAACGCGGUAUGCGGUUUUGCUGGCCCUUAUUGUGAAAUGAGCGCCUAACAGACCAGAGGUUAUUUAGUACACAGCUUGUUUGAAGACGUUUCUUACCUUCUCAAGAGAAAAAACACUUUUUGCAGAUUUCCACACAUUCCCGCUUACUCUCUGACCGCGACAUCACAUCCAUAGCGGAAGCUACUGGCCUUCCUGAAGGCUGUGUGAAAUGUGUAUCAUUACAGCAGUUCCAAACUGAGCAACAGUUCUGCAAUUGCAUUGGGUAAGCUUAGUUAUGAUGGUAAAUGAAUCACAAAAUCUGUUAUAAAUUAGUACGAAGAGUCAAAAUACCCCCCCGACCCACACCACCCAACCGAGCCCCGCCGCUACUCCCCCCCGCCCUCCCCCCCCUCCCCCACCCCCCCCACUACCGCCCCUCUCCCCUACCCCUCCCGCCCUCACACCCCCACCGCCUGGGGGAACUACUGGCCCUUCCGGAGGGUGUGUGAAAUGUGUUUUAUUACACGAGUUCCCAACUGAGCAAAAGUUUUGCAAAUGCAUUGGGGAAGCUUAGGUUUGAUGGUAAAAGAAACCCAAAAACUGUUUUAAAAUUGUACGGAGGGUCAACCCCCCCCCCCCCCCCCCUCCCUCUGACACGGAACCUGUUGGUACCGGCACCUAGGCUUUGUCUCCACUAGAACAGUUCAGAAAAGAAACAUAUCGGAUAGGGCUCUCGUUCAUCGCAUACAAAAGAACUGUGAUUUCGGAACGGUUUAUGUAACGGAGGGAAGCUGCACCUGUACCUUUAAGUCGAUUGUGACAUGUCGGACAGGAUUUUGUGAUACCCUUUGAGACUGUGUGAACAGGUGUUCAUACCAGGCCGGAGAAGAUUUUAUAUCGACAUUAUAACUUAUUUCCUAUAGUUUAGACCUGUUUCCCUCUUUGAUGAAAACCGCGGGUUUCAUCUAAGAUUGUCCCUUGGAAAAAUAUCUAUCGUAUACAGGUGAUCCCUAAAGAAAAGUUGUUGUUCCUCUCCGAGAUAUGCCCAGAAAUACACACACACUUGACCCUGGGUACUUCGUAUUAAACACAAUUUCAAUUUUUCAUUUACUUUUGACCUCAUUUUUGACAAAGCCGUUUGCGUUUAGGUGAGAAUUCAUAAAAGGGCGUGAAUCGUAUUUAUUAGCGAGCAUUUCCAUAAAUCAUUUCACUUCUAGUGAAAGGUUAACGGUUAUAAUCCAGUACUAGGAUCACUGUUUUUCCUUUAUCAUAGGAGGGAGUUUUUUGCAAAACUUGGAGGCAGAGAAGGCCUACUGAUAGUUCAAUGUGAUUCCACGGACCGAACUCUAGACUUGGUUGCUUGUGCCCGACAUCUUCUCAUGGAAGAGUGCCGAGAAACGGAGAAGGAACUGGAUGAAGAAUGCAUUGGGUCCAUUCACAUCUUGAUGAUUGUACAACUGGCUAGAGUGGCUGGAGGAUGCCCCGAUUUUGUUGCAGUUCAAGGGGAAGGUUGGUUGUCAGUUCAUAUUGACGAGCUCUGUCCACCGAGUGAGGAGAUACCACCCAUUGAAGCUAUGACAGGCCGUUCUGUUAGCAGAAUAUUUGAGAGUGCAAUAAACAAGACAGAAGAUAAUUUCACUGUGCGGCAGGUGCUAGCUAGUUGUGUGCAGGAAGCUGCUAGUAGGAUUGAGGAUGAUGACACCACUCUUGAAAGAGCCACAAGAAGAGUUGUACUGAUGGUCAGCUUACUCUCCCCCAAAACGACUAUAACUCGUGAAAGUACGUAUAAAUUUCUGUUGAUACUGUUGACAACAGUUCUUCAUCUAGAGCGUUUGCAAGACACGUUAUGAUAUAGUCAAACCCUAUCGUCGCUGUCACCUCUCUGUUUUCUCUUUUGAUCUCUUCUCUGCAUUGAGGGUACGGCUCUGCCUCAGUGUUCUUCUUACACUAAGGCGAUCUGGCUGUAGUACCCACUGCUACAUUUUUUACGGAGACUACUUUGCAAACCAAAAAGACGAUUGGCUAAAAUAUCUUUAGAAGACAUAGCCUGUUUAUUUUUCAAUGCAACCAACACACUUCUUUUUACAGCCUCUUUUUAUGUGGAGGAAUGUUAACAGAUAACCCAUAGUGAAGUUCCUACUUGGUUUUUUUUUUUUUUCAACACAAUCUGUUACGUUAGUUUAUCAAAAGUUCAGUACAGCAGGAAAAGUUAUUGAGAAUUACUGUAUGGCCCACGCAGUAUCACUCUUUUAUUUAAAAAAAAUUAACGAUGCUAAAUCCGUUUGCCAAAAACCUAAUAGAGUAAAGAAACGUUAUUAUAAAUUAAGUGUUUAUAAUAGCUCAUAAUGACAAACCUUUGUAGGUGAAGGAAGUUUUGAGGCAGUGCUUGCAGAACGUGUCUAUCAGUUGUUGCAAGAAAGAGAUCUACGAGCACCGAAUGAAGGAAAAGAAUGGCUUGAAACUGAGGCAUUAUCUGCCACUACAAAAGAAACCGGAACAUUCAAGAAGGCAUUGUGGCGUCGCUUCCAGUCCGUUGUAGCCCCAUUUCUGGCAGAACUCAUUGCAUAUGUUGACCGAGAUGGAAAUCUUGAACUGGCAGCUAGCGAAGACGAUUGGAUCGUAAACCUGUGGUUGAAAGUUCUUCGAAACAGUUCUUUCACUGAACUAGAGUACGAUGACUUUUUGGUCAAAAAGGGAGAUGCCUCUGUUUUAAGAAGAAAGGUUCCGGUCCAAAAAUCAGGAUAUCGCUCCCAUUCAUUUCAAUGCAAGUUACCAUUUUCAUGGAUUCUCAAGGAGCGUAUGGAUGAGUUGCAUCGAGAUGCGCGGAAUAUAGCGGGUAAAGGAAAACUCCAAAUAAAUUGCUUUUUGCGAAGUUAAGAAAUUAAUUAGUUUGUUAUGUGCGUCUAUGAGAAUGUAAACGGAAUUUGAUUAAGCCAGAAUGUUUCAAAAGCUGCCUUUCGUCACAGGGAAUAAAUUACCGUUCUUCAAUCGCUGUUCAAAGUGCAUGGCAAUACAGAUCCCAGUUGUGUUCAAAACUUUGAAUCUGAUUAAUCAAUUAUACCACUGUUUCUCUUUUGAUACUAUAAUAAUGAUGCUAAAAUGGCCGAAUACUGGUUGUUUAAAUGGUUGUCGUUAACCUGAGCUUCAAGUGUUCAUGCUCAAAAAUUAGUUCAGUAAUCUCAUUUUUUUGUCGACAUAUUCUAAUACACUUAAUGUUCUAGAAUGUGCUGAAAUUAGAGGUGCAGAAACUCUCGACACCUAAGAAAAUGUUUAGUGGUACCUUAUAUAUUUGAAAUUAGUUAAAGCUGAUCUCAUACUCAUGAAUACGCGUGAACGCCACUAGUCAUUCAUUCAUUUACUUUGAUCGCCAUACUUAUUUCAUUGUUAUCGCGAUUUUAGUUAACUCCAAUGAAUCCACAACUGAAUGUAUGCGGAACCUUCUAAACAGUUCACAAGUACAUGAAAUUUUGUCAGAAGCCAUCUCCGAUGGCGGGGAAGCAGUGGCAGACCGCUAUUUGCACGAUUUUGCGCACAUGACGUACACACCUCAAGGAGAUGACGAACUAGAGGUAACAGUUGACCAUUUGCCUAUUCGACGUUGAUGAAUAAAAGUAAUCCAGGCAUUACUAGCUGGAUAUGCUUUGAAUUGGACACCUCAGUCGACCCGCCCUUGCCAUUAACCAAUUGCUUUGUCUCAUGCUAGUUGGGAAUCGUUAUCCUGUUUGAUCUGUAUGUAUGAUUAUUUGAGUCGAGUUCCCUCAAAAUAGAAAUUGUAGCUUACCCUCACUUCAAGAAAAAUGUUCAUCUUUUUUUCCAGGUUGUUCUGAGAGCGAUUGUAGCCGCGGCAAAAGAAAUGCAUUCUGAGAGGUCCACUGGAAGGCCUUUUGAAUUGGACUUGGCAGCCAUACAUACAGCACAUUUCCGUAUAAGGCAACGGCUUACUUGGCUGUCACAGCUACUACAUUCCAAGACUAAUAUAUCACCAGAACUAUGUAACAGUUUUUCUUGGGAUGAAAACGAGAUGGUAAGGCCUAUACGUAUGUUCUUUUUAUCUUUUUCAUGUAUAUUCUCAUCAAACCACAAGUCAAAUUUCUGGAAGCCUGUACCAUGAGAAUGUGACUUUUUCGGGCAAUCGUAAAGAGGAGUACACUGACAAAAACAAAAAAAACUUAAAAUACAACACGAGCAAAUGCAUAUCUGUUCACUCUCGUAGUCAAGUAAUUAUGUAAGGUUUUGGACCAUAAUUAGCAUCUUAGAUUCUUGACAUAAAAAAUAUAAAAGCAUAUCUGAUGGAAGAAGUCGAAUUUCCAUUAGUAAAUGGUAGUAUAGCCUUGGGAAAAUCUAGUGUUUAUUUUUUUUCAUUUCAACCGUUUCUGACGCAUUUUAUUUUACAGUGUGUAGACGCCUGUGCCUUGCAAAUUUGUUUGGAGAGUUUAGAACCUCACCAAGAAAAUGUCUCAGAGCCAACACCAAGGCGGGAUUGGUGUGAUGAAGUAUUAUCCUUAAAAGUACCAGUGGAAGCAAUGAUUGGUAAAGCAUUCAAAGACAGGCCAGCAGUUGGAGACAAAACUGAAGCAAUACUCACACAGUGCAGGUUUUCCUAAAUAAUAUUUCUUAUUGAUUUUAGAUAGAAUUUGGUGGUUCUCAACAACUGUCAAGAAUUCAUCGACCAGCCUUCUUUAAAAUUUUCAGGUACAUGUGGCAACGUCUGAGUGCAGUGAGAAUGUUCAUUGAGAAUGUGUACCCAUCACAGAUCAAUCCCGAUGUUGGGCAGAUAAUUUUGAAGCUUUGGAAGGUAAGAAAUAGGAUAAAUUUGGUUUAUUAUCUAUAUUUAAAGGUUCAUAUUCUGUGGUUGUACUUAUUACUUAUUAUAAACCCCACGCGAAGCGUAGGCCAUUUGCAAAUUCACUCAUUCAUUUACGCUCAGAAGCUCUUUUCCUGGGAAAACACCUCCUAUAGUGGUCCAGGUUCCUGUAAAUAUCCAGUCUCUUUUAGGGUGCAUGUUUUUUCUUCAGUUUAUAGAGGGGUUUCCAUCUGAGCACCGUUUUCGCGAUUUGUAAUGCUUUUAUCAUAUGACCAAACCACUGCUAAUUCUAUUUCCUUCAUGUUCAGUCGUUCGAAAAGCGCUUUCAUCAUAUUUUCUUAAUACCUCGUUUUUCACUGUUCAGAAGAUGAUCCUGAUCUCUAAAACGUUCCUUUUUUCUCUUCCAGGCUUUGGGUGAAAGGACAGACUUUUCAAAGAAAACCUCUCUUGAUGUUGUUGAAAGAUUUUUACUAAGCUGCAGUGAAGGUUCUUCUCAACAACAUAAGAAGUAAAUAGCUUCAGUUACGAUUUUAUAAGUAACAGUUGACUUGUGGAAAAAUUUGUUGCCGUAUGGUAUAACGUUGUUUACGUUUCAAAUAUAAUCACAAUUUCCACCCUUAUUCGCCACUAUUCUUCUUUUUAACUGUAUUAAAUUUUACGCUUACCAUCAACAUGUCUGUGAUGUUCUUUUCUUCCUGUGCAGAGACGGCAUGGAAAGUCAUGAACAGUUUCUUCAGCGCUGCAACGCGUUUUUCAUGGAUAUCGUUUCUGUAUUUUGUUUCGGGGAAGAUAUUGUUAAGUUGGAUCCAGAAGUGUUUGAAAUGCUCAUGCGAUAUGCUAUGGGAGAAGAGUUGACAGAAACAAAAGCCUUUUCUCCAUUUCCUAGCUUUGGAAUGGACGCCAGUCCUAUAGUCAGAUCAUUUCUCUUACAACAUCUUAUUAAUUCCAGGUGAGAUUCUGUAUCUUUGCAUAAAUAAGCAUUUGUGGCAUACAUCAGCACUGGUUUGUGGAAUAGAUCAGCAUUUUUAGGCCUGUUUAUCUCUUUACAUUGGUCAACAUGCUGCAUUGAUAUGGUUUGGAAUAGUUUUGGGUGUUUUACGUUUACACACGUGUAGCCGUUGCAUUUUUUCGUCGGAAUUUGCAAUCGUUUUUAAGCUUGAAAACAAAGACAAAUUCGCCAACGGGCAAAUUCGGCAUCAUUACGAGUAAUCUGCAAAUUGAUCCUCCCUCACUUUUCCUAGGGCUUUUGGUCAAAAAUAUGAUUCACGACAAAUACGUUUUUCACAAACGUAACUAUAUUAAUAAGGUAGCACGUGGGCCUUAUAGCGCCAACAUUGCCGGAGCUAAAACGAUGAUUUAACGUGAUACGAACAACCCAGUGAUGAUAGGAACGAUGGCUUCAUCCAUUCGACAUGACGCAUGCGAAUGUAACUGUAUGGACAUGAGAAUAGUAAUAAUAAUAUUUUCUGUGUAUAAUUCUAUUAAAUAUUUAGUGACCAGGAGGCCAAGAGGCAUCUUGAACGGUUCUUUUACAAAGCUCAGGGAUUAUCCUCACAAACGCCACAUGUUCUGAAAGUUUGUCUCCUCGUUGUACAAUGCAUGGAGGUAGGCAAGGAUCCAAUAUAUACUGUGUUACUUUACGAAUAUGAUAUAAGUGAACGUCAUUCAAGUGUAAAUGGUGCGGCGGCCUUUUUAGCUUCAAGUCUUCUUUUAAAGCUUCCGUUAUAGUUUUCAGUUUUUGGAAAAAAAGUUGGUAAUUCCAAAGGGUGUCUUUUAACGGAAGGCAUUUAUCAUGUUUAUCUUCUUCCUUUUCAGAACUUUUGGGCCAGUUACUGUGCCAAGAAUUCCGUCAUCGAAGUUCAAGUUACUAUUGGUAUUGUCAAUGAGUUAUGCCAAAGUGCACUAGAAAUCUUGACGAGGGACGUCUCAAGUUGUGAUGAGCUAAAUGUGACUUCCUUGGAAGCUAUAGCAAAGGCGCGCUGCGCUUUGACCAAGAUCGCAGAGUUUAUGUAUAUGAGCGUCGUCAGUGAUGAUGAAAGAUGGUCCAACCAACAAACACGCGCAGUCCUAAACCCUUUGUUUAAUCAUGUCCAGGAGCUGUGUGCUUCCGUCCGGUCCAGUUCGCCCACUAUCUUUCUCCUCAAACAGCUAGUUAAGCGUUACGGAGUUAAUUCCAUUGCCACAGUAUCUCAAAAGGAAGAGCUUUCUUGGAUAGUUCCUGCUGAAUUCAGACAAAUAGGGGUAAGGGAUUUCUAGCAAUCUUUCUCAAUCUUGCUUUGUAAUGAAAUCCUAGAAAUGCAAAACCAGUUUAAGUCAGGAAAAUGGAAUUUGUUCAUUCUACAUCUUUCCACAAAAACGUGUUCGCUAAGCGUUUGUUAACCUUUAAUAGGGUGAUGGAAUGACACUAGACAGGUUCUUGGUUUACGGAGAGUACUAUCACAAACUGAGAGAUUCUUUAGCAGGCGCCAUGUUAAGUGAAAAUAUGGAUGAACUUAUUGCAUCAUUGGAGGUAACUUUUGCCCAUUUUUCAGUCAAUUUGUCAACUUCAACAAUAAUGCCGAGGAUUUAAUGAAUCAGCUGUAUCUCCAUGACCUUGCGUUCUACCAGUUUUUAAAUUUGUGCGGAUGUUCAUGUUUCUUGUAGGCGAUGGAUGGUAUGCCCCGACAUGCAAAAGAUGUCAUAAUACUCCUGGCUUUGUACCGAGAAGUCGGAGUGCUGCAGGGGGAGGAGCAAAACCAGCAACAAGUUGGCUCUAAGGUACAUUUCAAUUCCUGAAUUCUGGAUAAAGUAUUUUAACAAUUCAGUCACGCAGCUACCAUUUAAUAGUAAAAGUCAAAUGUUUUCAGCCAUUGUGAUUGCUGCUAUUGAUAUUAACAUCUUAUUUUCACUUCUACUGAUUUUUAUACUGGAAAAGCUUGAGUCUUCAUCUGAGGUUCUCUUUCACUUGUUUCUCUUAAAUUAGGUUGCAACGUGUCUUUUUUAGUGAAAUGAGGUUGCAACGUGUCAAAAAUGACUAAAUUGCCCAUCUAGUUGCACCCUUUAAUUCCUUUAUAUCACCCUUAAUUUUGUCUACUUUCUACCUUUUAGGCGUGCCAAAUGGUAAAAGAUGUCAUUUUGAAACGUGGCAAAUUUCUUUCAAAAACUGUAAGUCUGAAUGUUCUUUUCAAGGUAAUGCGCUGCUCUCACAACUAGGGCCAAGCAAACUCUGAUUUUUCUUUCCCGCAAAUCAGAGCUCACAGCGGCUUCGUACAGACCUUAUUGAACCACGUUUACUAACUUUUAUCAAGAGUGCGACAGGGAAAUCCCGUGAACACCUUAAAUAUGUCAGGAAUGUUUGAGGACAAAAAAACUGAAUAACGGUUAUAAGUUGGGUUUAAUCGAAAUCAAAAAAAUCGAAAAGGUAAAAUUUUGCCUAAACUAAUGUUAAAAUUGUGGAAAUUGGCUCCGAAAUAUCGGCUGUCCGUUGAAUUGGUGAUAAGUUUUUAGUGUACAAUAAAUCGUUCAUGUUUUUUUUUAUCUGUGAUGCACUUGUUCUAUAUAUUUCAGAGUAGUAUUGUAGAUGAUGAGUUUAAAGCAACAAUUGCUUUGGAGCGCAAGUGACUGGUGAAAGGACAAAUACAGGCGUUUUUCUGUUUCUUUACGAGUUUGUCCCAUUAGCGGCUCCGCCGCGAAAAAUUUUCCCCAAACUCGCACAAGUGAGCCUGCUCGCAGGUUACUGACGUGUCAGGUGUUCAUAGUUUUUCCGGUCGCACUGUAAAUCAAUGACAUGAAAUUUGUGAAAUGAGAAAGUAACCAUCGUCCUUGUUAUACACCUAGUUUAAGCAACUGCAGAAGGAAGCCCGAGAAUAAUAAUUAUAAAAAUUUAAAAUUCGCCUAAGAUUUCAUAGCUUACUUGUACUUGGAAGAGCAUCGAACUGGUAACACGGAGGUCAUAACUGUAUCGUUUAUUUUUGGGGGGAUAUGAAUGGCUGAUUAACUGAUUGGUUGGACGGUUUUUCUUUGGUUUAUUGCCUGAUUGAUGGAUUGAUUGACUGAUGGUCUGUCAGGUAAUGAGUAGGUGAUAACCCAUCACACUCAUUUGUUCAGUGUGUUUGCUUAUUAUUAUAGGGACGGCGUUUGGCUCGCCCACUUCUGAAAAAUUCAACAGAGAAGAGUUUUCCUUUUCUCACAGUCUCAGGGAGGCAAAAAGACAACGAAAACGCUUUGACUGAGCUGUUGAUACACGCAGCUUCAGUCCUCGAGUGUAUCGAUUUUGAUGAGUUGCUGGAGCCCUUAAGUGCGAUUCUUCUGAAUCCGGAAAAAGUGCUGGUAAGCCGAAAGAGAAGUGUGUUGCAAAAUUUCAGUGACUCGAUAGAGGAAAACUAAUGUUACGUGUGACAAUGAUAUUUAUUUCUGAACAAAAUAAUUGGUUUUAUGCUUUAAACGUAGUUGUCACAAGAGCGCCAGGAUCAAUACUUUAAGGCUGAUAUUCUGUAACGAAGAUUCUCCGAAAGUUAAAAUUACAAUAGAGACAUAAAGGCAGAGGUUGAAGUAAGACAACAAAACGGGUCAAUUUUGGAUUUCUAUCAUGCGAUUUCCUUAAAAUUUCAUAAAAUAAAUUCUAAUUACCGUUAGGUACUAAAAUAAAACCUCUCUUCCCUACCAGAUAGUGCGAUGUUUUUUUUUCAAAUGACAUUUUCCAUUAUUUUCGUUACUUUUUUAGAACACCUAUCUCCCAACUAUGCCCGAAGACAGCCUUGAUGAAACAUUGUCAGCCAUGAUGAAGGAGGGCGGUCAGUUUUAUGGUAUGUACAAUCCUUAGUACUUAGCUCUUCUCGCCAUAAACUUUUUCUUCAAGCCAUUUGGCUGUUUCUCGGCACGGUUUCAAGGUUUAAUUAAAUGCUUUUCUAGUUCUGUUCUUCAGAAACUAGACGAAAUCAGCGGAGAAACAUUUUUGCAUAUUUUUCAAUUCCUUCCGCUCAGUUUUAGUCUGAAAUUCGGCUAUUUCGUAUUAAGUUCUUUCGACAAUUUUUGGUGUUCACUUGUGCAUACACAAGGUCGAGGUCGCGGGCUAUAACUCAUCGUAACGGUGGAAUAUUGCCUACGUCUUCCAAAUUUGGUAAGUGGUGGCUGAUUAUGAGGAAUAAGCCGGAGGAGUAGAGCCAAUCAGAAACGGUGAAGUAUCUUGAAUGAAUAAUUAAGAAAAUUGAAUAAUAACUGAAUUAUCCAGUUUGUGUCUAUAGUAAUAAAUUUGUCGCAAAAUGGGUAAUUUAAACUUUUUAAGAACUUUACUAACUAGAGGUUCAUCUGUUAAUUACUGAAUCCCAAAUCAAUGUUAUACUUCAGUGUGUUUAGCGUCCUCUGUCUUCCUUUGUUUAGAAUGUCCAGCAGGCCAUCGAUACUUUGUUGGUGACGUAAGUAUCUUGUUUUAAGUUAGCAAAAAAAUUGUGACAUUUAAUUCUUAAAGUAAUUUUUUUCUCAAUAAAAGGGUAGUUGAAAUAGACGAAACCUCGAGAAUGGUCUUGUACUUAGAAGAGCAGAACAGUACAAGACGCACGUGACCAAAACACAGUUACUUCUUACUUCCUCUGUUUGUCUAUUUGAUUUUUUUGAGGGUGCUAAUGGGGGUACCCACACUGUAAUUUUGAGGGAGUUAUAAUAACUCCUCUAGUGGGGCUAAUUUAACUCCUUACAGUGGAGUUAUUUUAACUCCAAAAAGGAGUUUAAAGAACUCUUUUUCAGGGGUAAAAGUGACCCCAGAUAUUGAGGAGUUAAAAUAACCCCAAAAAAGGAGUUAUCCUGUACCUAAAAUUUUUACUCCACUUUCAGAGUUAAAUUAACUCCAAAAAGAGUAAAAACAACCCAUGUAAGGAGUACAAGUAACCACAUUUCGGAGUGAUUUUAACUCCAGACUGGGAGUAAAAAGAACUCUUUUUCAGGGGUAAAAAUGACCCCAAAUUCGGAGUUAAAUUAGGAGUUAAAAUAACCCCAAAAAAGGGGUUAUCCUGUACCUAAAAUUUUUACUUCAUUUUUGGAGUUAUAAUAACUCCCUAAAAAUUAGGGUGCAGUUCUCAGUUAACUACUAAUUUUUCGGCCAAAAAUCAGUUAACUACUAUUUUUUUUGGCCAAUUCUCAGUUAACUACUAAUUUUGGUUAGCUAUCAACUUUCAUUUUCCUACAGCGAAUAUUAUUCCGUCAUAACCCGAAUUUUCUUUACUUCACCACGUGAAUCAAUUUUGGGGGUAAGGCCCUACUAAAUUCCGGUUUAAACUUAUAUGAAUUCACAUAAACUAGGCCACUAUAGUACCAUUCAUAAGAAACUGAAAAUAUCGAAAUUAAAAGAACAUAAUUAUCUCACCCAAGUAGUAAAAAUGUGUAAGCGAUAGCUAUUAAGACUCCUAUUAACCAAUUUUUGCUGUAAGUACAAAUUAGAUUAAGUCGUAUAACCAUAAACGUACACCAAAAAUUCUUCAAAGUCACCUUCUUGGUCACUUUCAGUUCAUUAUCUGAAUCAGUCUCGUACUUCACUUCCUUUUUCAAUAGUGUGGAAGACCAGAUCAGGAGCGCAAUUGUCCUAAUUGCUCAGAGUCCGUAACAAUUGGAGGGGUAAAACACACAUUGGCUCAAUCCAACAGACCUGUAAACACGAGGUAGGCUAGCAUGCCCUUUGUCAAAUCCACAAAACAACAAUGGAAAGGGCAAAGGCAACAUAUCACUGCUCUAGUUUGUAGAGUAGGCAUCACACUAUUUGUACUAUAAUGGUGAAGGAAUAAGGGGCGAAAUUGCUAGGUUUUUUUACCAAGUUUAUUUGUACACCACGCCAUACAUAAAUUAGGCUCGCUAAUACACAUAACUGAAGGCCUUAAAGCGGUUUAAACGAUAAGAGAAAGACAACUUUGCUUUCUAGUCUGAGCGUGAGCAAACAAUAAUCGACGAUAUUAAGCGAUUUUUCCUACACAAUGUCAAAAGUUUAAGUUUACUUCUCCGCUACCCGUAUGCAGUCACAGAAAGACUUCUUCUAACAGUUUUGAUGCAGUGCGAUAAGCCUCUAGGCUAGACAAGAAAACAAUGUCGCUUUGUAAAAUCCCCGUUUUCCUCUCAAGUGACCCCCAAUACUGGCGUCUAGAUGACAAAGCAUCGAAUGAGUGAUAUCAUAUUGCUGUCAAACUCUUUCUUACUGACAACAACUUUUUAGUCUGGACCCUCUUCUAUUAUUGGACUGGUUAUUGGUAACAAAGAUACCAAACUUCUUAUAUUGAAUUGACGCAUCGGUUUAGGACACGUAAACUUCUGUAAAUACUACUUAGACACUGACCUAUAUGAGAAUAUUCAUUAUGAGAGAAGAGGUAGAAUGAAACAGUGAUUGCACACUGUCUAGUAAUAUGUCAGUUAUUGAUACAUUCCAUUUAAGGUACGCACCUAAGUAUGUGGUAUAUGUUGAUCAAAAAAUCAAGAAAUCAAAUCCUUUAUUUAGACACGUAACACCCAUGAGCACUAAAGUUCUCGUUAAAACGUGAACGUGUAUACAAAUUAUAAAAUUUAAAAUUUAAAAAAAAAUAGGCCACUUGCACUAAGAGGUCACAUGACCAAUGCUUCCUUUAAACAAUGAGUUGGAAUCUUGCUGAUGCCAAAAAUUGUUAGAGCACACAAAAAUUAUCUUACACCCGAAAUUUGAGAGGAAACGCAUUUAAGGGAGAAAUUUUGUGGCACUUUGAUUUUUGAGCAAAGUAGUAUGAUUUGUAUUGGCCGCCAUGUUGGAGGGCAUGCUCUUGCCCUCCAACAUGGCGGCCAAAACUACUUCUUGCUUAUAUCUUGUUCAACGUUUCAUGGUUACGCUCAAAUGUGCUGUAAACGUUAUCACAUCAUCUUUUCAACAUUUUCCUUGAAGUUUAAGUGCAAAAUUUGUGUUCAGAGAGGUAAUUCAUAAUUUAAAAAUCACAUUAUGGUCACGUGACCAUUUACGAACUUAUUCAUUUUAAGGAAAUGGUGCGGGUUUGAAAAACCAAAUCACCAUUAUUUUGUUUAAGAUAUGACCCACUAAUCGUUUUUCGAAGGCAAAAUCAUAUAACUUUCAUUUUCAUAAAAACGGUGUCACAUGCCUCUUAGUGCAAAUGGCCUAUUAUGCUAGAAACCUAUACAUUACUACUGUAAAAAUACUAGCUAUAAAUAGAUCUACAAAAUGGCUAAAAGCAGAAUCUAAAACUAAAACUAUUUACAAGCACUACACCCUGAGCCAUGUGAGCUUUAAGAGAUCGCUUAAAUGACGCAAUUUCUUGUGAUUCUCUGACUUUUGGAGGUAACGCAUUCCAAAGUUUGCUGGCUAAAAAUGUAAAGGAUCGAUGCAUAAACUCCAGAUUAAAGGGAGGUAGAUCUAGCUUUUUGCUAAGCCCACGUAAGUUGUACUGUACAUCCUUAAAAUUCUCUGAUAUAAGGUGCCCCCUUGUCAUAUAAGCAUCUGUAUAACAUAACUAACGAUUGGAAUUGCCUACGUUUCUCCAAGGACUUGAUAUCAGCCAUCUUGUGGAGGAAGUCAUAUGACACAGACUUCGAAUAGCCUAAUAUAGUUCUUAAUAUAAAAUAAUUAGUUGUCUCUAUUUUGGUAGUCUCCGCAUUGCCUACUCCCAGUAAAAGGGGACUAUAGUACUCUAGGUGAGGGAGAACAUAAGCCUUGUAGAGACGAAAUAAUACAUCCUUAGAAAUGAACUUACGUAUUCUCCGCAGAGCCGAGGCCUUUGCACAGGCCUUAUUCAGCUGUUCCUUUAUGUGCGCUUUAAAUGUUAAUUUACUAUCUAGGACCACUCCUAGGAUUUUAAGUGUAUCCUCCGUAUGGACAUUAGAAUCCUUAAGAUCGAAUUCGUACUGGUAUGAAGACGGACCAAUGGCAAUAGCUUGCGUUUUAGCGGCAUUAAUCUGUAAAAAAUUCAUUCUAAACCAUCUCGAUAGCACACUCAGAUCGGAGUUAAUUACAAACUGCAAAACCAUUGGUGAGACAUCAGAGGCGUAUUGAGUGGUGUCGUCAGCAUACAGCCUCAAAGACGUAUUAGUAAUAAAAUAAUUAAGAUCAUUAACAUACAUAUUAAACAAGAGUGGACCUAACAGGGACCCCUGUGGUACACCAGUUUUUUUCGUUCUCCACGUAGAAUGUACACCAUCAAGUUUAACCCUCUGUCUCCGUCUAAUAAGAUAAGCGGUCAUUAUUUCCAGCGCAUUAUGCGUAAAACCAUGUGCCUUCAAUUAAGCUAGUAGAAGUGGGUGGCAAACAGAGUCAAAAGCUUAAAUUAGGUCGAUAGCCACUGCUGCAACGGCCUCUCUUCUGUCUAGACAGGCUCUCCAAUCUUCAGUCAAUUUCAAUAGCGCCGUACAACACGAAUGACCCUUGAGAAAGCCUGACAGAUUCGGUGAGAGCCUCCAGUAAAAGGCUUCAUAAAUUUGAUCGAACAACACCUUCUCAUAUCAUAUAAUUUCGACAAGGCAGUCAUAACAGAAACUGGUCCAUAGCAGGUCUUAUCUGUCGCACUUUCCUUCUUAAAAACUGGAACAACAUCGCUACUUUUCCAAACUAUCGGCCAUUGUCGAUUAGUAAUAAAGUAAUUGAUCAAACGGGUAAUCGGUUCAGCAAUAACAGAUGAGGAUAAACGUAGCAACCUCUGAGAUAUUUUAUCGCAACCAACAGCCUUGCGAGGGUGUAGAGAAUCCAAAAUUUUCCUUAUGUAGCUGACAUCAACUGGGACAAGGUUAAAACAAUUAUCUCGAGUUUUCUCAGCGAUGUCUUUAACACUAGGAUGAUCAACAAACUCCACCAUUUCCUUACAGUCUCCGUCACUCCUAGCCACCUCACAGAAGUAGUUGUUGAACGUUUCAGCCACAGACAAUGAAUCAGUAAUUACACGCUCGUUAUCAAUCAGAAGAAUCUUUGAUUGCUUCUUUCCUUUGCUUGGCAACAGGGAUCUCAAUUUAUUCCAAAACUCACCAUGAUGUUUAGUGUUUGUUGAUGUCUCCAUGCAAAACGCCUUCAGCACUUUUCGUUUCAGGGAUGUGACCUUGUUUCUCUGUUUCUUAUUAAAACUCCUCCCAAGAGGUCUUUGUUCUUUGCAUGUUUCUUAAACAAUCGAUUACGACGCGAAAUUUCGCGUUGAAUUUGUGGAGUUAUCCAGGGCAACUGAUCACCUCUGACCCGUUUUUUCUUCAUUGGUGCGUGUUUGUCCAACACCUCAUUGUACAACUUAGCCCAAUGGUGCCAUAAAUCGUCAACGUCGUCAUAAAUGUAUGCAGUACUCCAAGGGACAGUUUUUAGAUCAUUUAAAAAUUUGUGUAUAUCAAAUUGUCGCAUAGUUCUGUAUUCAAUUACAAGUGCCUUAGCCCUUGGUAAUUUAUUCUUUCGCACUGCAUAAACAAGAUCGUGGUCGCUGGGUCCCAUAUGCAAAUUACCACAAGUUGCGUAUCGUUCCGGAUGGCUAGCGAGAAUAACGUCAAGUAGAGUCAUUGUUUUUUCAGUCACCCUUGUCGGUUCACUUAUUUGGUUUUGCAAACACAACCUAUCACAAAAGUCCAUGAGUAAGUUAUUCUCUGGAUCAUGACCAUGCUCCCUAACAAGCAUGUCGAUAUUAAAAUCAACAAUCAAUAAUAUUUCCUGACGGCUCUCGUACAUAAGCUCUGUGGCUGAUGUACGCGACGACAAGAAAUCAGUGAUUAUUGUUGAUGAUGUAAAACCUCUAUUUUCUUGAGCUAAGAUCGUCAAGUUAUCAAACGAUUAUCCAUUGGUGUAAACUGACAGGGAGUCUGACAGGCCAAUAAGGGCUUCUUAGGCUUCCUGGUCAAUAUGGUAUUGAUUUCUUUCAAGUACUAACAAAAAAUGUAAACUUGUCUUACAUACAAUAUUGAGCAAUAAAGUAUAUGAAGUAUCCUGUACUUGUUAAGGAGGUUUGAUUAUAGUAGUAUCACAUUAUUGUCUUACUUUAAAAAACAAUUUUUCUUCCUCAGUGUUGACCGUUCUACCAAAGGACAUAUUUUAGGAGUACCCCAGAAAUCAAUCGCAGAAAGAGAUCUUUCUCCAGCAAAUGUAAGCCUAUUAAGGAUCAUUCUCCAUUCAGCCAUGCUAGUGUCAGCCAGUAGGCAACCAGAGGUAACUAUCAUAAAUUAUAAAAGAGAAAACAAUAUGACUUAAGAAUAACGAAUUAAAAUUAUAGCACUAGUUUCUGUAAUUAACUUCAUCAGACUCCGCGAUUGAUGCUAGUGGAUCUCUAGGUAAAGGGUUUUUUUGGAGUGUGAUAACAAGGGUCUCUAAAAGUCAAAGCUUAAAAUUACAUAUGCUUUUAAUCUUAAAGGGACAGGUCCACGGUUCAGGACAUGCUCAUUAAUCAAAAUACUAUUUUCCUGCCGGGACAUGCUGUAUCGCCUAUGAAAGCAAUAUGAUCAUGUCGUAAUGUUGUCAAGGAACCAAUCUGCACACUCCCCUAGCAGUCACUUGAUCAACUUAGGUGGAAAUAGCUGUACAUUAAUCAACCAUGGAAUAAAACCCUCGGGUCAACAAUAAAUUCAACGAUGGUAGUGUUGGCAUAAUCCACUAAUGUUUCUGCUAUUUCAGUACUCCUCCAUUCCACUUCACGUUACUCUGAAAUACACUUCUACUUUGAAAUACACUCUGAGAUCGUUGAGAUACAUGGGAGUGGGAUUAUUAACCGAUAGAAUCAAUAAAAACUUGGAAAAACGUAAUUUAAUUUACGAGCAUGCGCUGAACCGUGAACCUGUCCCUUUAAUAAACUAACUAUAUAUUUUUAGCAAAUAAGGCAGCUGAUAGUUUAUGAUGUCCAAGAAGAUGAUGUCUGUAGCUUUCUUUGGGAACAUCUUGCCAAUGACGUGCGAAGUUUAUCCACAAGCUUAGACAGGAGCGAGGAUGACGUGCUUUUGGCAGUUCAUCUUGUGUUAUCCGAGAUCGUGUGGCGAGCAACAAACAGUAAGUCUAGGAAUCACUUCUUGUUCAAAUUUUAUCAGUCUUUUAGUUUAGUCAAGCAAGGGUGGCACGGUGGUGAUAGCACCCGCCUCUCACAUUUAUGUUUCCCUGGCUCGAUUUUAACAUUGGUUUCCCUCCCUUGCACCGAGAUUUUUUCAAUGCGUAGUCUGGUUUAUCUGCCCUCUCCUCAAACAAUUUCCAGUUCGCCCAAGAAUAUAGAAGACCUUGAACAACUGAUACUAAGCCAUUAAUUUAUUUUCGUUCCUUCUUUCAUUAUAAAUCCAUCGAUCAUAAUUUGCAGGAAAGAUCUAAAUCAAACUGGUAGAUGCUGUGCUAGUCGGGGCAGGAAAGGGUACUCUCCAACGGCGAGGGCAUGAUAGACGAAGAAGAUCUGCACAGAAAAAAGUGCAUGAGAAAAUUUAAUUGACUACAACUUUUUUCCUUUUCUAAUAGGAUCUCUGGAGCCAGAAAGUGGCCUACUUGGCUUUGAGAAGAUAUCAUUUUGGUCCACAAAAGAACAAAGAAGAAAUUGGGAAAAUGAUUUUGUGACUAUGUUUGUGAAAAAGAUUUUAAUGGUAAAUGGCUUUUUUUCUUUUGUCUAUCCAGUAGCCUUUUUAAUUCGUAAGUCUUGUUUCUACAGACAAAACGUUGGUUUUGCCGAGUUGGAAGAAAAAAUCAGCAGUGGUCUCAGGAUUUGUACUAGAACCGGUUUUAUGUGUAACAUGUUUGUUCGAGUUGAGUCCAACUGUCGAAAUGCAUCUUAUCCGUGUAUAUAUUAUCAAACAAUUAACGAACGAGCUUCGUGGAAAAGUAAUUUACGGAAAUGCUUAUUUAAAGCAGUUUUGAGAGUAACAUAUAGAUUUAGCCAGGCCUAAAAGCCAAGCUUCCGUUUAUAUAGUUAACAUGAUAAAAGUAUGGAUGUUUGGGUAACAACGCCAUAAAAAACACACGGCCUUUUUUUAUAUCCAACUUUUAAGUGAAUAUCCCAUUUAUUAAAACACCCAGUCUUGUGGAAACUAAAACCAUUUUAAUGGUUUUAAAAAAAACCUACAUGCGAUAGGGUUUUCGGUCAAGGGUUACCCUUUGACCAGAAGCCCGUGUGCUCUUACAGGCUACGUUAUUGGGAGAACAUGAAAUUACUUUUAUAGGCGGUAUAUUCAAGGCCUCGGGAAAAAGAUAACUUGGAUUUCCUAUAUUGGAUGGAAAAUAUUAUCUUACCUACGUAUUUAGCUCAUUAGACGCUACGUGGGUAAAUAAACGAUUGAUUGAUUGAUUGAUUGAUUGAUCGAUCGAUCGAUCAAUCGAUCAAUCUUACGUUUCCACUAGUUAUAAAUAAUCAUUUUUGUAAUGAUGGGCCUUCUAUUUCAACAGGAUCUGGAAGAAAGGUUGCAGGCCUUCUACGCGGAUUCUGUAAACGACAGAAGACUGGGUAACUGCAUAUUUGCUUCUGGCUCUUUGUGCACAUUCUCACUGCUUAUGAAAUGAAAGGGAGCACCGGAAAAAGACAAACCCACGUUUUUCUUUGCAACGAUGACAACAGUUACUAUGUCUUUUACAUCAAAAUGAUCUUGUCUGUGCUAUUUACGCCUGUUUGUGAUGACAGUGAGGACAAUAAAAAAGAUCGCAAAUUAGAAAAAAUUUUUACAUCCAGUUCUCUUUUGCUGUCUUUUUUUUUUAAUCAAUUGAAAUUAUUACGUCAUAACUUUGAAGGUGCUGCCCUUGUCAAAAUGUAGUCGAUCAUAAUUUUGAUCCUCGCACGCACAUACAAACUCAUACCUCCUAUCUAGCGUUUUCGUUAAGUUUACUUAAGAUAUUUUAAAAAGUUUCUACCCUUAAUAGAAAGCCUGUUAUGUUAAUGAUGUUCACAUUAUGGGCUGCUGGGGUCUAGUGGCAUUAUCGAACUUGACAGGAAAAAAGAAAAUUAGACAAAGAAAUCAAAUACUUGCUCAUAGGUGUACUGUACUUUCCUUUUCAACUUAAAAGCGUUUUUAUGAGCUACCAUUGUAAAUUGUAAAUUGUAAAUUGUAAUUUGUUUACCCACGAAGCACUAAGGAGUUCAUAAGAACUCGUUGAAACGUGUCCGUGCGUUCCAGAUCGAAUUGGAAUUUGAAAGUGUUGGUUUUUAAGGAGAGGGGAAAACCGAAGUACCCGGAGAAAAACCUCUCGGAGCAAGGGAGAGAACCAACAAUAAACUCAACCCACAUAUGACGUCGACACCAGGAUUAGAACCCGGGCCACAUUGGAGGGAGGCGAGCGCUCUCACCACUGCGCCACCCUUGCUCCCCUAAUUUUCAUAUCAGCCCUUAAACCAUACCUUACUUGUCAUUUAAUAUCUCCUAUAUCUAUAGGCCGAUUUACACCAGAUAUGUAAUAAAUGUGUCUCAAAGAUAAACAAACAGGUACUGAAUUAGCCAAGUGCCCAGAUAAAAUCCUCUUCAUCAAUUUAAAAAACCCGAGGGGUGCCAUCCAACCCCACCGCCGUGACAGCCUUCCUUUUUCAAACAUUAGAAUAAGCCAAAUCCGGGAUCAUGAAUAACCAGUGACGUUCAAGUAUUCUGCGCGCUGAUCACGAACGUGUUAAAAUUUACUCAAACGUAUUUGUCACUCACACAAAAUAAUCUUAACAGUGAUGAUCCAUUCCAGUAAUUGUCCAGUCCAGCUGCACCCACUUUUUCUGUGUCCUAAGAAAUUUGCUCCAUAGAGCUUUGACAUUAACUAACUCAAUUUUGUCCAAACUUAGGAAAUGACCCACUCAUGCGAGAGGUUUACGAAGUUGAUGCGCCUUGUCCUCCUCGAACAGUGACAGAAAUUAACCCUGGGCAUGCAGCCUUCUGGAGAUACAGGACACGCGUAACAGUCGAACUCGUCAAACGAAAUUUUGAUGAUGUGGAGUCAAACAAGACCACUCAUAAGAUUCUUGGAAGGUUCCUUAAUGAGGUACCAGGUUUGACUUGAUUAGCGACUAUAAAUGACGCCGGAAAAAUGUAUCUACUACUUUUAUUACUAAAUUACUUUCUAUUUAUUUGUGUAGGAACACAAACUCCGUGCAUUACAAUAUCUUCCGGACAUAGUGGCCUUACAGAGAAUAUUAAAUGAUCGCUUCCAUCGACGAAUUGAGAGAGAAAGAGCCAAUCAGUUAACAAUACGAGAUUUCCUGAAAGAUCUCCAUAAAGGUAGCUUAUUGAAGCUUAAAUAGCGUUAAUUCUAGGUUAUAGGUCCGUUUCCUUAAAAAAACACACAUUUUCAACGUAACAAUAAGUUCAUGCGUCAACGCGCGUAUGUCGAGAUACUGAGCACGCGAGAAGUUUGGAGAGCACGAAAGAGGCGUAAGAGCGCGCGGAGAGCAACCCUAGCCUCUUGAUCGUCUCUAAACUUCCCAAGUGCUCAAUAUCUCGAUAUAUACACAGCUGAAGUAUAAAUUCUUUUUUUAUAAAAUAACUAACUAAAGAUAGUACGCGCGCUCUGAUUGGCCGAGAGGCGUGUUUGCAUGAGAGCGUGUAAUCAUGGUUGUGAUGUCAAGAUGUUUUGCUUUUCGCGAGCUAAUCACGCAAGCACGAAUUUGGAAAAGGUUUUGAGUUAAAAAACUCGACAAGUUUACUUUAUUUACCCAUUUCCUCGUCGGUUAAAACUUGAAAAAUCUUUAGAAACAUGCUGUGUCAACUUUUUUUCGCUUGAGCUGACAAUUUUUUAGCGAGAAAAACACGUAUUUUGGAAAGCAUAUUUUUUGCAAAAUAAACUAAAAACUGAUUACGCCUACAAGCUUCGUGUACAAGACUUCGCGACUGGUAAGAAUUUCUCUUUUAAUCAAUGCUCUUAACAAGAGAGCUUUGCUUUUUUCGUCUCGGGUUUGCAUAACUGUCUCGAAUUCUCCCAACCCCUCUCGUGUUUAUAUCAGGCUAUGCAAACACGGAAAACGUUUUCUAUUGCUUAAAUAGAACAUUAUCUAAACAUUAUCAAAGCGAUCAAUGCAGCAGUUAACUAAUUAAAAUUUUAUUAUUGCAAAGCGCGCUCAAAGCAGUACGCGUCAAUGUCUACGUGACUAUAUAUUUUUUUUACUUCUCAGUUAUGUUUUUUUUUCUUGAAACUGAGAAAAAGUUUACUCAAGUCGCUUAUGAUAACUCCAAAAAAAUGGUAAAAUCCAUAUUGAGGUGCCGGAAAACUAUUAAUUCACCGAAAAAUAGCCCGCACAGUUCGAGGAGAUGACAAAAACAACACUCACCUCUUUUCCCUACUAUCGGUAAACAAAUUCGAAAGGUUUUCUAUUGAAUUACCUUAUAAAACAUGGUAAACGCUUCAUCAUGUACUGAUGAGUAAGGGAUGCACUUGGGAGACGUCAUUGGAGGAUAGUGAUAAGCUCGCAAGAACUCGAGGUAUAGCUUAUUGACGUCAUCGUCGUGCUCAAUGAGAAUAUGUAGCACGCUCGCGCUAUUGAAUUUGGUUAGGCGAAUAUUCUAGCUAUGUUAUAAUAAGUGGUUGAAUAAUAAUAAUUUUACAUUAAGAAAUUGUUCCUUCCUUUUCUGCUUAGUAUUUUAAAAUAAAAAGAUAGAAACCACCAUCCUUGUCAAAUUAAUGACAGACUGUACACAGUCACCAUCUUCCGUUAAAAUGUUCGUCAUUUGUCUCACGUUCAAUAACAUGUGUUUGGCAAAGUUAUUUUGCCCGUAACAGCAUAACAUUUAUUCUUUGCCCAGCGGUAAGGACCGAAGGCCUAAACGUAGCGAGGUUGAUGUGCAAUACGGUAUUUUAAUUGGCAAUUUACUGUACGAAAUUUUUGUCUCUCGAAAUACGUAUUCUGCCUUCUGGAUUAUUUGCAGCUGGGGAAUUCUGGGACAAGGAAAUGAAGUUUUACUAAAGAAAAGGGUAGUUGAACAAGGGUUAUGUAAAGAACAAACCUUAUACGCGAUAGAAUGAAAUAAAACAUCAUCCCAUUCGUUGAAAUGUUUAAGUGAAGCAACUGCUUUUUUGCCACUAUUUUUUGAAUGUUUACUUCUUUCUUUUUCAUAGAUCAAAAAGGGAGCGUACUCAAGCUGUUUCAAAGUUUCCAGUCUGCAUGGGAUCUUGUUCGUCACCAGUUAAGUUCUCAAG